CCACCCCAUACCCAUCGCAUGCCCACCUCCCACCCAUUCAUUCCUUCCCACACCAUCCUCUCCUCUCACCUCCCACCCUCAGGAGAGAGAUAUAUAUCGAGCAUAAACCAACACAUAGAACACACAUCUUCUCAUGGCAGUUGAAGCCCACCAUCUUCACCUCUUCCCCUCCCAACUCCUCGGAAGCAGGGAGAUCAUCGACACUGCAGAGCGCCAGCCGAAUCCGUACAACAUGCAAAUGGGAUUCGUCGCGCCGGUCUCUGGUGCUGCUUCCUCUGUCGCCGCCGGUUCUUUCCUUCCCGUGUACAAUUCGCCGGCUCCGGUCACCACCGCUGAUGUCUCCGAUAGUGGCCUCACCUUCAACAACGCUCCGUCGAGGAAGCGGUCGCGCCCGCUGUCUUUUCUCGGGGACGACAUCUCCUCCCACCUGCAACAGCAGAUGCUCGACAUCGAUCACCUCGUCCUGCAACACGCGGCGAAGGUGAGGGCGGAGAUGGCGGAGCGGCGGAAGCGGCUCAUGAGGCAGAUCCUCGCGGCCAUGGAAGAAGGCGUGUCGAAGCGGCUCAAGGCCAAGGAAGACGAGAUCGCCAGCAUCGGGAAGCUCAAUUGGGCUCUGGAGGAGCGCAUCAAGAGCCUCUGCAUGGAGAACCAGAUAUGGCGCGACCUGGCCCUGAGCAAAGAGGCCACGGCCAACGUGCUGAGGACCAACCUCGAACAGGUGCUCGCGGCGCAGGUGAGGGUGGAGGAGGGAGCGGCGACCGCCUCAGACGCCGAGUCCUGCUGCUGCGGGGACAACGGGGAGGACGGCGCGGAGGAGGGGAUCAAGGCCGGCGGGUGGAGGAGCGCUUGCCGGACCUGCCGCGAGCGCGAGCCGUCGGUGCUGCUGCUGCCUUGCCGGCACUUGUGCCUCUGCGCGGAGUGCGGCCCCGCCGUGGACGCAUGCCCCGUCUGCAAUUGCACCAAGAAUGGUAGUGUCAAUGUAAACAUGUCUUGAACUCAAGAAGAAGAAAGAGCAGUAAACACAGAGAGGGCUUCUUCUUUCCCCUCCUCUUGUUAGCUUCGA